UAUGGUUUGUGUCUGUUGUUCGCUAGUUGUUCCAAGUGUUAAUAUGUGUGUUGUUUAGAGGACGAACAGUUUUGUGAUUUGUGAAAAAUGAGUAAAUUGCUAAUAAUCUACCUCUUCCUCCACUGCAUUUCGACAUUCAUCCUGUGCGAUGGUACUUUGGACGAACAGAACACCCAGAGCGAUCUAGAUCCUGUGAACGACCAUGAAAACAACGAAGAGAAAGAAAAGGAUCAAGAUAAGAGGACCAUCUUCAAUUCUGAGACGGAUAACUAUGGUUGGGCCAAACAUGUCGGUGUCCAUCCUUCAGGGUUCAGAUAUGUGUUGGGUAUAGGUCCGGUCGACUUGAAGUAUGUUCCUGUUAUAAGGAAUCCGUUUAGAGUUGCCAAUCGACCAAGAUGGCCUUCGAAGGUUUUCAAACCUUUCCGACCAGUCAAACAUGAUCACGGGUGGAAGCAUGUUAAAGCUGUUAUAAAUCCUGCAUUAGCUUUACGACCAGUAGUACCAUUUUUCAGGCCGGUAGUACCGCUUGUAAGGCCUGUAGGAAGGCCAGUUUUUAAGCCAGUUGUUGCUCAUCAGUGGCCAAACAAGUCUUGGCAACAUGACGAAUGGAAACAGAAACCUGCAACUCCAAAGCCUAUAGUCGCCCUCACUCCUGUGGUACCUGUGGUCAAGCCCAUUCCAGUACCUCAAGCUGCUCCGGUAGUUCCAGUGAACCCGGUAGUUCCUUUGCAACCGGUGAAUCCAGUGGUUUCGAUACAGCACGUGCAUCCAGCAGUACCAGUCAACCAGGUGCUACCAUUCCAGCAUGUAAAUCCUGUGGUCCAUGUGCAACCUGCUCCGCCACCGGUGGUACCGUUUCCUACCACAAUUUCUACAGAUCCUUGGGUACCAUUGACAAAACCAGCGUACCCAUUGGUACCACAACAGCCCUUGUUCGAAGUUACCAAGCCAAACUUACCGGUACUACCGCUUGGAGCUAGUUUUCCAUCUCCAGUUCUUCAACAGGCUCCAGCAGGACCAGGGAUUCUCUUCCAAAAACCCCAAAUAAUACAUCAAAAUCCCACACCAAUCGUAGAAUUCCAUGGAAACCAUCACCACCAUCUAUUCUCGCCAAACGGUUACAUAAACUUCCACAAAUUAGCUUCCAUACAACCCCAAUAUGCGCCCCAAUUCACCCAAACUCUGCCACAAAAUGCACCAACACAAAUAUUUUCAACUGGCGUGCAAAUUCAGCAGAAUCCUCAGCUUUUCCAAACACCUUUUGAUGCAGGUCGGCCUAUUCAUCAGUUCCAUCAAACAGUACCACAGGUCACUCAAGUUCAGCAGUUGCCACAGCCUGAACAACAGUUUGUACCACAAGUUCAGCAGUUGCCACAGCCUGAACAACAGUUUGUACCACAAGUUCAGCAGUUGCCACAGCCUGAACAACAGUUUGUGCCACAAGUUCAGCAGUUGCCACAGCCUGAACAACAGUUUGUACCACAAGUAACGCAAGUUCAGCAACAGUUGCCUUCACCAGAGCAGCAGUAUUUCCAUCAAGCAACACAGUUUCAGCAACUUCCAAAUCAAGAGCAGAACGUGAACCAGAUACAGCAAUUUUCAAACCAAGGUCAGCAAGUUGAUAACCAGUAUUUGCCUCCGUUGGCUCAUGGGCAACUUCCCCUGGAAGGAGAGACUGGAUCCCAGCAACAGCCACAAAACCCGUUUAUACCAAAUCCCCAAUCGAACGUCUUCUUUCAAGGUCAAGACCAACAAUUCGUAAACAACAACGACAUUCAGCAACAAUUUCAGAGUUCCAACAGCAUCCAACCAGGUCAGACUGACGUCCAAACGCCUCUUUAUCUCCCUACACAUUAUACCUACAAUCCAUCUCAAGUAGAAACAUUUAACAGUGGUUUGAGUUCUCAAUUUAUGUCAAGUCAAGAUCCUGGGUUUAGACCAUCAGCUCAAUUAGAGCCUCCAUACAAUAAUUUUGGUUAUAAUAGGAGGGAAGAUGUUGGAGAAGAAGAAAUGUCUUCUGUUGAGAGUAGUACCUGAUAUGUAUCUGUGUUUUAGUUAGUAUUGAAUUGUUGACUAUUGUGUAAAUAUGAUUACUAAUUUAUUUGACGAAUAUAUAUUUUUUACGAA